AUGCAUCCGGCGUCAGUAGUGUACGUAUUUGCCGACUCCUCCUCGUCCGAUGGCACAUCGUUCAAUCCGAAACUGUCAUCUUCCUCGCCCGAAAUGAUGGUCAUACAGCGAAUGUUGGCGUGGAGGAACAGAUUGGCAAUAUUUCUCUCCGAAACGGACUCUUCUCCUAUGGACUAUUUCGGCGAUUACUUCGAUGUUUUCCGGCGUCUCGUAAAAGCAACGCAAGGAGAUCUCAUCGUGUUUGAGAAAACCAGCUUAACAAACAUGGUCGACCGACUACUUCCGUAUUACUACCAAAUGGAAAAUAUGGCUGCACUGUACGGUGUGAACCCGCAGAAUGAUGUGGAGAUAUCUAUCAGAGCCGACUACCCUAAUCAAAUUGUCUAUAUUUUAAUAACAGCGGAAAAUGCUACAGGUAUGUGUGCAGUAAAACAUGCGGAAAUAUGUAUUUUGUUCACUGCGACGUGA